UUGCAAUGCACUUGCACUUGCGUUGAAGCAUAAAAAGAGCAUAAGACCAAUACUUUUGUCGUCGUUAACUUAUGCAAUUGGCAUUUAUAAAAUCGGUGACGUAAUACGCAGAGUAUUUGCAUAAAGAAGAAAGCAUACACAAAUUGAAUCGGAUAGCUUAAAAAACGACCCAGUGUGUUAAUUGUUUGCAUAAUAUGCUCACAAAGUAUAUCAACAACUAAAUAAAACUACAUAGGUAAAAGUCGGCAAAAUGGACGGAAGCAAGCUUGAGGCAGACAACUGCGAGCCGGAUGUGGAUGUUUCACAAUUCAUGCUAAAUGAUUUGCAACUGGCAGCUGAGCUCGGCAAAACGCUGCUCGAGCGGAAUAGGGAAUUGGAAAUAAUGUUGAAGGAGCACAAAACCAGAAACGAGGAACAACAGCGGGAAAUUUUGCACUUGCGAAAACAAAUCAAUGCCAUGGCCGAAGUCAAUGAUACGCGUUUGAAGGUCUACGAACAGCUGGAGGUGGGCAUACAGGAUUUGGAGCGUAGCAAUCAUCGGCUGACGGUGGAGAAAUCUCGGGACAAAAAACAAAUAAAAUCGUUAGGGGCUAAUAUUGAAUCUCUAGAAGCACGCUGCGAUGAACUCAACCAGCAGUUGAAGGAGACACGGCAAAUGCUAACCACAGAACGGCGUAAAAACGAAAGACCAUUGCAGCAGGAACGCUGCACCGCAGCGAGAAGCUCUGAUCGGCCCUGUUUACCCAAACCAUGGGCUGGCAAUGAUCGGGAAGUUGCCGAUUUGAAUGCGACGCCAAUAGACAACGGCCCAUUUGCUGCAAAUGCCAACUCAACGGGUGUCACGGAAAUCUCCCAGGCCAAUGAAUCGAUGGCUUUCAGUGAUGUGGGCAGUCCAGAGGAGAUUAUUGAAGCAGCCGCUGCUGCUGCCGGCAAGGCCGAGGAUAAUGAGGAGCUGUUAAGUCUGAUAACUGAUUUGGAGUCAAUAAGACGUAACUUUAUGGCGGAAAAGCAACGUUGUUGCGAAUUAGAGGAACAGCUGGUAGCCAUCAUCCAAGAGAACCAAACACUUCAGAGUCGAAUAGCCAUCACCAGCACAAACGAGGAGAUGAUGUCCAUGCAGGAUGAGUUCUCUCUGUUAGAUGAUGUAAGGCAAGGUCAAAUGUGCAGUCGCUGCUUGCGCGUCAUGGAGGAACAGGCAUCAAACAAUGACGGACAGUCGUCAGUAGCCCAAACCGAAGACGGACCGGAAGACGAUGAUCGCAGUCUGUUGGGCAGUGAGUUUAGCUCCCAAUUGGCAGGUAAUUGUGCUGAAUUUUCAGCAAAGCUCAAUGCAAACGAAAUCCUCGAGUUAAAGAAUGCUGGCAGUCCGAAUCCAUACCGAGACUUGGUGGAGAAAUAUGAAGCUCUGUUGGAGGUGCAGCGCACAUCAAAUGUGCGUAAAAGCAAUGCAGUUAACGACAAUAGCGUCCAGCUUUCGAAGGAAAUUCACAACGCCGGCGAAUCCAAUCGGGGACAGCCAGAGAUGCUCAACAUGGAGGCCAACCAAGCAACAUCUACUACUGCUGACAAAAAUGGAAAGACUGUGCGGGGACGAACGUCAACCGAGUUUUCAGAGGCCGAGACCUCGUCGUCGGGAUUUUCGGAUGAGACUAGCAACAAGUAUACACAGACGGAUGAGCGACCAGGAUACUUUUUGUGCUCGAUCAGCAAUGGCGAAGAAUGUAAGCUAAGCAUAUAUGACGACGUGAGUCCCAUCGACUCACAUUUUCAGAGCCGUCCGGAGUACAGGGAGCUGUUUAAAGAAAUCUUUGGUGUGUUGAAAAAAGCCGCCGACAACAAAGAGGAUGGUGAAAAACUGAAAUUGUCGGAUGAAGAUAGCGCACAACCGAAUAGUUCAACAGGCCCAAUGGUCGAUAUACCAGCCAACGAAGAGUUUUCAGUGGACUUUGGCGAUGAUACGCAGAGUAUUAUCUCAUCCGUGUUUUCAGAUCAGUCGUUUGCCAUGUCCGAGUGCGUCACUAAGCUGGAACGCAAAACGGCCAAGAAGCAUAUUAACGAAUGCAAAAAUCAAGAAAACAGGCUUUCCCAAACAAGCUCCACAUCCAUCGCACAAUUGAGUGGUGCGGGCAAAACUGAUGGCACAAAAACCAUCGAAGAGAAUGGCCGCGUACUGACUCCACUGAAGCGCGAACCUCUAGAAUAUUUGGCAGUUGGCGUGGGCAUCAAGAAGCGAAACCGUCGCAAAAAUCGUAGUCUACAUAACAAUGGUGGCCGCAUCGAGUCGCCACUUGUACAACCCUCACCGUUGGCACAACCAAGUCCACCACACAGCGCUCGGCGUACACGUAAAGACUUUGUGCCAGUCCCUCCCGAAAUGUUGGCAACGGAGCGCGUUUUCCGUAGGGCGCAAACAGAUCGUGCCAGCACCGAAUGGAAUGGUUCACCAAUGGUAAUCUAUAAUCGGAAUAUGAGCGCAUCUCGCGCCAAACGUACAGGCCGUGUGAUCGAAGUAAACGGCGUUGAAUUUCACCCAAAUACGGUGUCCCAAGAAUUCCACAAGCUCAAACGGCUCGAUCUCUCUUACGCCGAAGUAUUGCGCCGUGCUGAUGCAUGCGAGCAUCAAAGUCAGCCGAUGCGUGUGCAACGAAUGCAACAGUCACGCUGGAACAACAAAAGUCAGAACAAUCGUCGCUAAGCUUAUGUAUAAUUAUCUGUAUUUGUAUAAUUUUUAACUAUCAAUAUGAGUUUAAUCAACUUGCGAACAUAUUUCAUUGCUUAGCAGUUGCUUCAAGGGGACAUCAAUUGCCUGAAAUUGUGUCGCAUAUUUGUUCCUCUUCAAGUUUUAAUAUGUAAUCCAUGCCCUCAUCUCUAAAUGGAUCAGUUUUGUAACAUUUUUAAUUUCUUUACUAUAAGUUGUUUGUAAUAUGUAAAAUUUCCCAAGAUCGUUUUCAUUCCAACAAAUUAACCAUAAUUUUUUUUUGCAUUUUUCUUGCAUUUUUCCCUUGUUUGUAUAAUCGAGCCAUACUAUUGAUGUACGAAUAAUUAUACGUGUUUUUUGUAACUACAUUUGCGAUAUACCAAAUUUAAAUCUACCAUUGUAUGUUCGCAUAUGUAUGAAGUUCUAAAAGAUAUGUUUUUAAUAAAUAAGCAUGUGUGCCAAGUCAAAGAUAACUGAAACAACACGCAGCGACCAAAUCUUUUCGAAAUA